AUGGGCUCAGAACCUUUGAAGCGGACUUUUGUGGAAGAAGUAAAAGGCGAGGAGAUAGGCCAGCAUGAAGUUGUGGUUACAGUGAUCGGAAAAGAUGAACAGUCUGUCAAGAAAUUCAAGAAAGAUGAGGCGGUCAGCGGCAUCCAUGCGGAUACGGAAGCGAGUUCGGAAAAGCCUGAUGCUGAUGUAGACGCGGGUCCAGACCAGCCGAAAGAUGACGACCAAGAAUCCAAAUCAUACUCACCUCCUGGGCUAAUUGGUAUUGAUAAGUUAGAGCAAAUAUAUAAUUUUUCCGAUGACAGUGAAGAUGAUGACGAUCUUCAAAAUCAUGAGCUUUUAGGGGAGGGUGCUGAUGGUCACAAUCAGGUUGAAAGUGAACAAGGAGAGAGGCCGAGCACGCUUCAAAAUGGUGGUAAAGGUGAUGGAAGAGCAGGAGACUAUGAGGAUGAUGAUGGUGAUGAUGUUAGUGAUGACGAAAGCGAUGAUGAGGAGGAUUCGCUAGAACCGUGGCAAGAGGCUAUUAUCGACGAGAUGGAGAAGUCUGUAGAGUAUCCACUAACUGCAGAGACAUCUCUGGAUGGUGAACCUCUAAUAACGUUACCUAAAGAUGUGUCAUCUAUGAUUCGGACCGAGUUAUGGAAAAAUGGGCCAAUAAAGUUCAUGGAUAAAUUUUCUGGACCAGGAUCUGAAUAUCCUCCCGAACAAGUCUUAGCCGCUCUUGGAUUCAGACUACCGAUCAAGGUAGCCAGUAAAUAUUCUAAGCCUCAGUUGACACCGUUUAUUAGACUUGCCAUUCGUUAUACACUUUCAUCGAGACAAAGACUUGCCUAUCCACACACGCUCGAUGAUUUAUGUCAAGUGCUGAAAAAUGCCAAAAAGGUAAUUGUUUUGACCGGGGCCGGUAUUUCGACUAGCUUGGGUAUCCCAGACUUUCGUUCCGAGUCGGGUUUAUAUAACAAACUGGCAUUCUUGGGACUUAAUGAUCCUCAGGAGGUGUUUGAUAUAGCCCUAUUCAGAGAGGAUCCCAGCAUCUUUUACUCAGUUGCCAAAGACAUUUUACCAGAGACAAGCAAAUUUUCUCCGACUCAUGCUUUUAUAAAAUUAUUACAAGACAAGGGUAUUUUGUUGAGAAACUACACUCAAAACAUUGACAAUCUAGAAUCUUAUGCUGGUAUCGAUGCAGAGAAGCUCGUGCAAUGUCAUGGUUCUUUUGCUACCGCAACUUGCGUAACAUGUGGUUUUAAAACCGAGGGUGAAGAAAUAUUUCCUGAUAUUCGCAAUGGCAACGUUCCUAAAUGUCCUCAAUGUCAAGUUCGUGAGAAGGAGAAGAAUAAACCAGCAAAAGCAAAAAUUAACGAUUCAGAUGAGGAUGAAGAGGAUGUGCCUAAAUCAGAAGGAGUAUUGAAACCGGACAUAACAUUUUUUGGUGAAGCACUCCCAACUAAAUUUGAAGAGCUACUUCUUGGAGGUGACGCACAUGAUUGCGACCUACUCAUCUGUAUUGGUACGUCCCUCAAGGUAGCCCCUGUCAGUGAGAUAGUUCGUAUUCUGCCCCCAGACAUCCCACAAAUAUACAUCAGCAAAACGGCAGUACAUCAUAAUGAGUUUGAUAUAACAUUUCUUGGAAACUGCGACGACGCUGUUGAGUUGAUAGUAGAGAAAAUGGGAUGGAGUCUGGAUCAUGAGAUGACCCGCAGACAUACCUUGGAUGCUAAGCAAAUUGAGGGAUCGGAUGACCUUGUAUAUCCAGAUGGAAGGAUUAUCUUUGAGGACACUGAAGCUGUAUAUCGCUUUGAGAGCGAUGAAAAGAAAACUGAAUCGAAGAUUGUCAGUGGUGAGUUAAUAACCUCUACAGAAUCUGCGGUCAGACCACAAGAAGGGACCACCCACGAUGCUGAUACUGAUAGAUAA